AUGGUGCGCAAUCAGCCCCAUACAGGGGUGGAGGACUCUCAGGGAGAGCCUUCCUCACUAUUGUCCAUGCCCACUCUACACGGAGCGUGUGUGAGUGUGGGGGACGUGGUGCACUUAUGUUUUCCCAUGCUCCUGAGGGACCUGGGGAACAUGGUGCACGGUAGGCUCCAGACGGAGUCUCAGCACAAUUUUUUCCAUGCACACUCUGCACGAGGUAAUCAUAAGUGUGCCUUAUCCAAGUUGCGGCCCCGACUUCUCCACGGUUACAACCGGAUGGGAGGAAGUGGGGAUGCAGUGGAUGUUAGCCAAAAGCCGAUGGUGCCCUCCAAUGAUCCUUUACCGUUCAAAAUCCUCAUUGGUUAUAUGGACUUCCCAACUGAAACAAACAAUGUUGCGAUGACGGAGAUGCCUCACGAUGGUGCAACACAAGAGUGCCUCUGCAACCACCUCACCUUCUUUGGGAGCUCUUUCUUUGUCACUCCCAACCUCGUUGACCCGUCACGCACUGCUGAGCUGUUUGCAACUUUUGCAGAGAAUCCUUUGGUUGUCUGCUUUGUUGCGUCACUCUUUGGGGCCUAUCUCUUGGUGGUUCUGUGGGCCAGACGGAAAGACAUAAAAGACACAGUCAAGGUGAAAGUGACGGUGCUUGACGACAACGACCCCAUGGAUGAGUACCGCUACCUGUUGAGUGUCAGCACUGGGCAUCGGAGAGGAGCCGCCACUUCAUCUAAGGUGACAAUCACACUGAUGGGUUCAGAGGGAAGCAGUGAACCGCAUCAUCUAACGGACUCGAAGAAAUGUGUGUUUGAGAGAGGUGCAGUGGAUUUGUUCCUGCUAACUACGCCCUUUCCUCUGAGAGACCUGCAGAGCAUCAGACUAUGGCACAACAACUCAGGGAGCCAUCCUUCCUGGUAUGUCGGCAAUGUCAUGGUGCAGGAUUUACAGAAAGAGCAGAAAUAUCAUUUUCUUUGCAACUCAUGGCUGGCCAUAGACAUUGGUGGUUGUUCCCUGGAUCAAGUCUUUCCUGUUUCAACAGAGGUGGAUCUAAAGAGGUUCAGUAACUUGUUCUUUAUGAAGACUUCAAAGGAUUUCAGUGACGGACACCUCUGGUACUCAGUGAUCAAUCGACCACCGAGCAGCAACUUCACCUGUGUGCAGAGAGUUUCCUGCUGUUUCACCCUGCUGCUCUGCACCAUGCUUACCAGCGUCAUGUUUUAUGGCAUCCCAACAGAUCCCUCUGAGCAGACCAUGGACAUGGGUCUCUUUGAGUUUACAUGGCAACAGUUCAUAAUCGGAGUACAAAGCUCCCUCAUUAUGUUCCCUGUUAACAUCCUUAUUGUAAGCAUUUUCCGAAACACACGUCCCAGAGAAACGUCUUGUUGCAAGUGCAAAACAGAAGAACCAGAUGCCGAGCAGACGUUUGUCUCUCCAAGUAACACCAACAACAUGAGUGUCAAUGUCACUUUGGACACUGUCAUUAUGGGUAUAAAAAGGAUUGCCCAAUCUCUAUCAAAGACCAUGAAAAGCAACAUCCCAUGCACUGAGUCCGGGUUUGGUCCUGCACAACAAGUUGAUAUCAAUGCUGUCCUUUCUACAGUGGAGCACUUCAUCACAAUGAAUAACAAAGCCAGUGGCACUGCCCAGCCUGAGCUAGAUUACAGUCCUACUAUGCAUCCUGGGUCAACACUGGAGGGGAUUCAGAAGAAGAGCAACAAAAACCAGUAUCUAUACAGGCAGCUGUGUCACAUCGACAAACAGCUGAGUCAGCUGGGACCCUCCGACUUCCCCGACCCACACAGCUACAGCCGGGCUCUGCAGCAGGUCCAUGGCAUGAAAGUGUUCCUUGAAGAUCAGCUUUCUACAUCAGGCUUUAACAACCCUGAAGAACCCAACCAGAGGAAGUCGAGCCCUGAAGACAGCACUGAUGGUGAUGGUAAUCGGAAGAAAAGAGGGUGCUGUAACGGAGGGCUUCCAUGGUGGUUCAUUUGUGUUGGCUGGGCGCUUAUGAUCGCAAGCAGUUUUGUUUCAGGAUAUUUCACAAUGCUUUAUGGUUUGAAAUUUGGGAAGGAACGCUCUGCAAGCUGGUUGGUGUCCAUGAUUGUCUCCUUUUUUCAGAGUAUCCUCGUCAUUCAGCCACUGAAGGUGAUAUUUCUAGCAAUUUUCUUUGCACUCGUAAUAAAGAAAGUGGAUGAGGAAGAUUUUCAAAAUGUGGCGUUUGAAAGAAAUGACAAAAAUCUAGGUGAUUGUAAGGAACCACUAACAGUCAGACGGGAUAACAGUCUCUAUGUGCCGCCUGCUGCUGAUGACAUUGAGAAGAUGAAAAGGCACAAGAUUAUGGAACAAAAAGCCUUUGCCCUCCUCAAGGAGAUUUUGACCUACAUGGGGUUUAUGUGGAUGUUGCUGCUGGUGGCGUACGGCGAGAAAGAUCCCAACGCUUUUUUCCUGAAACGACACAUCCGGGAUAGCUUCAGUCAAGGGACCAAAGACAGCAUGAGUCCUGGAGAUGUGUUCACAUGGGCCAACACAUUGCUACUAAAAAACCUUUUUGGAGUUUAUCCAGGAUUUAUUACAGAUGGAAACUCCAAGCUAGUAGGUAACGCCCGUCUCCGUCAACUGAGAGUGCAGAAGAACUCCUGUCAAAUUGCAGGCUACAUGCAGGAGUUUGUACCAGACUGUCACGCUCCAUAUUCAUGGGACUUGGAGGAUAUGGGCUCCUAUGACCCUGGCUGGAACUAUUUGGUUAAGGAGAAUGUCUCUAGAAGCACCUUCAGCCCAUGGACGUACCAAACACAGACUCAGCUCAGGGCUCAUCCUUUCUGGGGCAACAUGGUACUGUACAGGGGAGGUGGCUUUGUAGCGGAGAUCGGCCCGGAUUCACAGAACGCCAGCCGCACCCUUGAGUAUCUGUUCAGGAACACUUGGUUGGAUGCAUACACAAGGGAAAUCUUUGUGGAGUUUACCGUUUACAACGCUAAUGUGAACCUCUUCUGCAUUGUCACACUCUUGCUUGAGACAACAGCUGUAGGAGCUUUUCAAUUCUAUAGUGAGUUGCAGAGUGUUCGUCUUUACCAAUCAACUGGUGGUCUUCACAUCUUUGUCUUGGCUGCUGAGAUCAUGUACCUGCUUUUCAUCCUCUAUUACAUGUUCCUGCAGGCCAAAUUAAUGAAGCAGCAGCGGUGUGCUUACUUCAGGAGCACGUGGAAUCUUCUUGAGCUUUCUAUCAUCUUACUGAGCUGGAGCACCUUGGCCAUCUACAUUAAUAGGACCCUGCUUGGGAACCGCGACAUAACCUACUACCAAAAUCACAAAGACCA